AUGGUUGUAUCAUCUCCGGCUUGGCAAAUCGUCGAGCACCUACUGGUGGGCGAGCAUACGGUACUCCUAGAAACGCCGAGACUCGUUCACCUUGAAAGUUCUGAGGUAUCCCUCGUAUGGAACCGAGGGAUGUGUGCACAACGUGGUCAUCGUUUAGAAUGGCACGAGCAUCCACCAGGGUAG